CUCCCUAGACGUUUCUAUAAAAGGCCCUUGAGCUAGAACUUCAUUUCCAUCACGAACCAGCUGCCAGCUAUAGCCUGUAUCUGCAACGGUACUUGAUUUCUACCAUAUUUUCUCGCAUUCCCACCAGAAUUUCAGAACUUCAGUCACAACCGGCCUAGAUCUCUACUUCGCUACUUGUACGUUUGCUUACUUUCUUAGGAUAUCUAGAAAGAGAUAACGUACAUAUAUACAUAUAUCGAUCUUUCAUCGCGGUCGAGCAAGGGUGGCCCUCUACUUACGUAGGAGUAUUAAUGGAUCGCAUUGUGAAAGUCUCAUCGCAGAAGGCAGUGGUGAUAUUCAGCAAGAGCUCCUGCUGCAUGUGCCAUGCAAUCAAAAGGUUAUUUUACGAGCAAGGAGUCAGCCCUGCAAUAUGUGAACUCGAUGAGGAACCCACAGGGAAGGAAAUGGAAAGGGCUCUGAUCACGAGGCUCGGAUGCAACCCCUCAGUUCCAGCAGUGUUCAUUGGUGGUAAAUUUGUGGGCUCUGCAAACACGAUCAUGACCCUUCAACUCAAUGGGAAUCUAAAGAAAAUGCUCAAAGAAGCCGGAGCUAUAUGGCUUUAAUUAUAUAUUAAUUAGCAGCAUGCAGCAGCAAUUUUCCUCCAUACACAACCCUAGUACUAGUACUACGUACUAAGUUCCAAAUAAGGUUAUUUAAUUAUAACUCGCUUGUUUUCUUAAUUUCCCCCCCUUUUUUUGCAACUUUUUUGUUCUUCCAUCCGGCGACAAUGUACUUAAUGCCAAACAAUCUAUAUAUAGAGUCCGUAAGUGUAGUUAAUAUGAACUAAUUAAGCACCGUUACUGCA